CGGCGAAUGCGAGACACUGUUUAGCUGCAGCUCCAGGUGUCUGACUGAGAUCAGGGCUCGUAUCAUACUGAGCAUGGCUCAGGCCUUGCCUGAGAUCAGGUCCCCCAGUGUGCCGGGCACUGCACAAACCCUGACCAAGUUUGGAGCACUGGUUGUGCCAGGAACUGCACAGACCCCUACAGAGCGCAGGGACCUUGUUGUUCCUGGAGCUGCAGAGACCCCAGCUGAGAUCUGGGCCCUGUUCUGCCAGGUGCUGCAGAGACCCCAACAGAGGUCGGACCCCAUUGUUGUGACAGGUGCCGUGGAGACCUCAAGUGAGAUGUAUGCCCGUGUUGUGCUGGGCACUGCAGAGACCCCAUCUGACAUCAGGCCCCCCAUUGUGCCAGGCUAUGGAUUCUCCACAUUUUGCCCCAAACCAUCCCGUCCUCCCAGGGGGAAGGAAAUGGCUGCAAUGGAUCUGGCUCAGGGGCCGGUGACCUUUGAGGAGGUGGCUGUGUAUUUCACCAGGGGAGAGGGGGCUCUGCUGGACCCCACUCAGAGAGCCCUGUACAGGGACGUCAUGCAGGAGAACUAUGAGACGGUGGUCUUGCUGGGUAAGGAGUCCUGUCCCCUGGGUUAUUAGAAGCUGUGGGGUCUCUAAAGAACCUGAGUAGUAAUAAUUUUAUAUCUUUAUUUGUCAUACAAGUUUUGCAGCUUUCCUUGCCCCCCUUUUUUUGCCUAGUGUCAUUUUUGGACAUGUGCCUUUUUGGUGCCGUCAGUCAUUUUAAAAUUGCAUUUAAUGUAUCCUUAUUGGCUACAUUAGUAACUAUAUUAAUAACUGUAGCUUUCAUGCCUUUUCCUUAUUUUAAGAGGAAAAUAGGCUUCCUGUGGAAUUCUAAAUUGAGUAAUUAGGUGUAUGACUCAUGCAUGUUUUGUGUGACAGUCAGAUGAACUCUUUUAGGAGAGCGUGUAAUGUUGCCAUUCAGGGUCCCAUGGGUGAAGGGAUAAGAGAGCCGUGGGAGGGGUGGAGAAGAGGAGGGAGUAG